AUGUCGACCAAUGAUGACUACGGUGAACUUCGUGCACUAAAACCGGAACAAAUACAAGAAAUUACUAAUGGAUUUUUACAGUUUGAUGCUGAUCACAGUGGUACCAUAACACAACAAGAAAUGAGAGACGCACUCCGACGUUCGGGUAUACAGUCACCAGAACAAGAAAUCAAUCAAGUAUUUCAAAAUUUAGACAGUCGACACGAUGGUGUUAUUGAUUAUCAUGAGUAUGUCAGAGGAAUGGCACAUGCGUACGUACAUCCAGGACUUACACACGAACAAUAUCUGGGCAAAGCAACGCAGGGAGCCGGCUAUGCGUCUAGCCAACCACCCCAACCGUCAUACAACCGUCAACCGUCCUACAAUCGUCAACCGUCCUACAACCGUCAAUCGUCCUACAACCGUCAACCGUCCCACAAUUAUAAUCCACCACCGCCACAGCCGUCCUACAAUUAUAAUCCACCGCCACCCCAACCGUCCUACGGUUAUAAUCCUCCACCACCUACACCUUCCUAUCAACCUUAUCCACCGAGUUCAUAUCCGCCGGCACCAUCUCAGCAGCCCUAUUAUCCACCACCCCCGCAAUAUUACAAUGGACCUCGCUAA